UUUCAGCAUCACUUGGAGUUCCAUCCGGUUCAAACCUAACACAAUUUCUGUGUCUUUACGCACUCAAAGGUCGCAAAUCAUGAGGUUGUUCAAACUGGUACCAUUUUUCUCAGAUUAUCGUAAAGGUUGCUGUUAGACCCUGAAUACCAUUCGGGAUGACAGCAACGUAUAACAAGGGCAUUUAUUCUUUCAACCUUUCAAUCAUGGGUCAAAGAGCCCUUCAUAGGACUAUUGUGGUGGUCUUUCAAGGUCUCGCCCUACCUAGUCGAGUAUGCGAGCAUGAAUAAGGCGUGUUCGUUCGGAUCAUUCACUUCUCUUCAUAUGAAACAAGCAUAUUCAGGAGGAAGAAUCCUCGUUCAAUUGUUACACGUGCUAUUGUUCAUCUUUAGCACAAUAAAUUUCUUUCUAUUCGCGUUCCAUUCAUCACAAGACCAGAUGAACAUCUAUAUAAGCCCCAUUUUUCAGCUAAGGUCAUCAUCUGUUCUUGCCCAUAUUCUUGCGACCUUUCUUGUGGCUACUUUGCGACAUACAUACCUUUCCUAUACACGUACGCUAUCUCGAAAUACCACUAAGCUUCAUCGUUCUGUAUUUUAUCCAUCACAGCACAUCGCAACGGAGAUGGCGCCGAAACGCACGCACUCGGCCACCAUAUCAGAUCCGAAUGACAUGAAGGUCGUAUCAAAUGACUCCAGCAGACAGAGAAGAGCUAGUAGUCAGGUUCCGAAAGUAAAGCUUCCGAGAAAGACCUCCGUUACCCAUAGUACAUCUAUGGCCGCAAAAGCGACUAUUAUAGAUAGAGAACGUGCCGCAGAAGCUGCAUCUGCAGAACAACCAAUGGAGCCGCCUCGACGAUUUACACGACAAAACUCAACAGUGAUUGGAGAUACCUUUGAGGGCGAGAACCGCAAAGUCGUACCAAAAGGUCAAGUCAUUGGUCAGAUCCCGAAACCGGCAGAUGUUCCUGAGGAAACCCAGGCUGAGGCGCUCAAAACGUCAACGAAAUUACCUCUCAUCGAAGAGGGGCAGCUAGAUGAUCUCGACCUAGUGUCUCCUCGUGGGACCUUCCAUGGCCGCGAUGAGGACGCUUCAGUUCGUCAAGCCCCUGGCGGGAUUGAUACACCGGAAUUUAUCGCACACGAUGCGAAAGUCCAGAUCGAGAAAAGUACAGUUACAGCUUCUAGAAAGCAAGCCUGUAGAUCCACGACUGGAGGACGGGUUCUGCGGUCUGAGAGUAAAGGAUUUGCCUCGUCUCAUGACUACGAGGCUGUGCUUGGUGAGAGCGAUUCAAGAAACACGAGCUCUGAUGAAGAGAGCUCCGAUCCGGAUGUGCAGCCCAAUGUAUGGACGGCUGAAAUCUCCGCUGAACAUGACAUGGCUGUACUAAAGGGUCUGGUACAGCGUCUAAACCAUGCGACUGCUGUGCUCGAUAAUCCUAAUAAGGUCAUAGCAGAGCUGGAACACAGGGUCAAAUCCCUCAAUCGGGAACUCGCAAAAAUCAGAACCGGUAAGGAGCUACAUGAAAAAGCACGCCGUAUAAUCAAGAGGAUGCGAAAAGCGCACGACAGCCAUACCAAAACCUUACGAGAUGGCUACGAAAGCCAAAUCAGAGAUUUGAAGAGAGAUUACGACCACAGUGAAAAAGAGUCGGGGAUGAACGAGGACGAACUGCUCCUGGCAAGAGUUAGAAUCGAGGAGCUAAACAAACAGCUCAAGCGCUACAAAUCAAGAUGUGAAGAACAAGCUGAUCAAAUCAAGUUCUAUGAACAAGCCAAGUCUUUGCCCAUGGCCAAUGAUGCGCCUUCGCUCGGACAAGAUACCACGCAGGCUGCAGAAUCGAUGGGUGAACCUGCCGGUAAAUCAAGUGGUAGCAACAGCGCGCCGCCCGUUGUUGAAAGUUCUAACGCCCUGGUCACGACGAGAAAGCGGAAGUCGAGUGACGGCUCGUCCGGAUUAGCAGGUGUGCUUGACGACGACGAUUCGUUUGGACUUUAUGAUGACCCUCCGCCGAUCAAAAAAGCCAAGAUUAGUGAAGAUACCAAGGCCCAUGGCAAGACUCUGGACCGAUCGACUGAGAACUUAGGACAAGGAGGAAAGACAACGAGGGUAGCUUGUGAGGAGACAGAUGUAUCGAACGAAGUUGGAAGUACUGCAGACUAGAGACUACAUAUAUGAAGAUUGUCUCGGGAAUUCAGGCAUCGGAUGUAGUAUGGACCGUGCAAGUCCGAAUCGUGAGCAUAAGUUUACAGCAAUGAGACGGAAGAGGAACUUUGUACGCAUAGAUUUCAUAUGUGUGCUGCACUGCACUUUCUCAUGUUGCGGUUCAUCGUCCGGACCGCAACUGGGUCCAGACACGCGGUGCC